CUAAAUUUGAAUUGAACAUUUUUUUCACUUCUUUUCUCGUGAACGAAUAGCAUUUACGCAAACUGGAAGUUGGAAUAUCUGAACAAUUCACGUGCAAUGAAAUUGCUCCAAGCAGUUGUGGUAUUAUUUGGACUAAAUGUCCUGAUAGUUGCACAAAAUGAACACAAUCAGACAGGGGGUCUUCGAUGUUACUCCUGUGCAUCAACCGGAGGAAAUAACUAUUGUGAGGACUACAAUACCUACAAACAGGCAAUGGACGGAAAAGGCUAUGAGAAAGUGAAGAAGGAUUGUACACCUCCUUACAACGUAACAUGCAUGAUAGAAUCAUUCGAAGUUCUUGGUAACACGGUGUCCCAUAUACGAGGUUGCAGUGACGGAAUACAUUUCUCCUUUUCUUCAAAUCUCCAGGCAAACAGAAGUGCUUACGAGCGACUGGAAAAACUCACGACAAACAAUGAGACUGCGUGCGUCUGGGAUGGUCAAAAUCAAGUCUGCUUGACCAAAUGUGAUACAAACUUUUGUAAUGGCCCUCAACUCGAAGAAGUCAUAAAUAACGCCACUGUCACCAAAGUUUCCUCAUUGUUAAUGCUUUUGGUAAUAUUUGCAAGCACAAUUUUUCAACGGUAGAACAAUUACAAGCCGCCGGAUAAACAGUUUUAAGUCGCAAGUCUGAAAUUUACCAAAUAGAAUGUGACAUUCUCCAAAACAGACACUUUCUUGAUUUACGACGUUUAAAAUUCUUGCAAAUUACUUUUGUAUAUCAUUCAACUUCCAUCGUUCAUAUAUUUAUCAAAGUUCAUGUCUUCCCGUAAUUUACCUACGUAAUUUCUGUUUGCAUGUCUGUAACAAAUGUUAGCUCAUUCUACCACUCAUAAUUCAUCUACGUAAUUUCUGUCUUCAUAUCUGUAACAAAUGUUAGCUCAUUCUACCACUCAUAAUUCAUCUACGUAAUUUCUGUUUGCAUAUCUUUAGCCCAUUCGACCUCUCAAAAUCCUAAAUUUAGUAACCCUUUCUGGAGUUAUGUGAGUGAUGAAUCCAAGUCAAGUCUUUUCCCGAUAUCUUACUUUUUGCUCAGUUAUCUGCCUUUAAGUAUACUACCAAAAUUGCCUUUGAAGGUCAUAUGAAGUCGUAUCAUAGCAACACCUAGGCAUGAUGCGUGUUAUUUUAGAAGAGUAAAAGGGAAAGGGAAGGGGGCGACUGUUUUGUUCGUGCAUUGCUUCUAUCUAUGCAACUGAAAUACAAACUUGAAAAAAAAAAACUUCACAGAGCCAGCCACGCUUCCAUUCACUUAUUCGCCCGUCCUUCCAAUAUCAUUGCAAAUUUAUUAACCAGAUUUUUUUUUAUCAAAACCUAUGGAGAUUUAAGUUAAAUAUUUAUAAUUCAUUUGUUAUGUUGUAAACAUUAAACUGUUAGUGUUAAAGUGAUAUUAUGCGCAUUUUACUGUAUAUACAUGUAGUGUGUUUUUGAUGAAUGUUUCUUCAAAGAAAUUUUCAGUUGCUGUGCAUUUAAAUAUGUAAGCUUAACAACAAUGCCGUAUAAAGUAUUUGAAAUUGAUAUUUAAGAAGUAAAGAAAUCGAACUUAUGAAAUAAAAGUUAUUUUAUUCUUUUAUGCAAUGAUGGUAGAGAUUUCUGAAGUUAAAGGGAUGUAACUCCUACGUGCAGUUUGACUUUUCCGUUGAAACAAGAAGUCAUAUUUGGAAAGUUAUUAUUUCGUACUGGUAACUGGAAGAGUUUGGUAUGUUGGGUUAAAAGCUAUAAUUUCCUCCACCCUUUUGACACACACAUCUAUUUCAGCUGGAUUUUUAUUUGAAAAUGCGUAUAAUUCCACUUUAACCAGAUCAUGAAAUAUUUAUAUUAAAACUAAGUUUUAAUAAAAGUAAAAUGUUCCAGGAUAUUUAAGUUAAAUCGAAGAUAAAAUAAACGAAUAAACACAUUA